AUGUUUGGAAGGAAAGAGAAAGAUGAACCGUCUGCGGACUUUGAAAAGACGGACCCAGUCCCACGUUACGACAACACCUACGAUGACGACCCAGCGCUCGUCCCUUGCCCUCCCAACACCACGGAGUCGAAACUCGUGGCUAAGAUCGAUCUUCAUGUCAUUCCUUUCCUCUGCAUCAUGUACCUCCUGGCCUUCCUGGAUCGUGUCAACAUCGCAAAUGCAAACGUUUUUGGUCUCAGCACAGAACUCGACCUAGUACGAGAUAACCGCUACAAUACUGCCCUGGUCAUCUUCUUUGUUCCUUACAUUCUGUUCGAGAUCCCAUCUAAUGUUCUACUCAAGAAGAUGAAGCCUCGCGUCUGGCUCAGUAUCUGCAUGUUUGGUUUCGGGCUUGUUACCAUGCUACAAGGCUUCGUGCAGAACUACGCUGGUUUACUCGCGACUCGAUUCUUUCUCGGUGUAUUCGAGACCGGCAUGUUUCCCGGCGCGUUCUAUUUGAUUGGUAUGUGGUACCGGAGACACGAGGCGCAGAAGCGAUACUCGUUCUUCUUCAGCUCAACCACUCUGGCCGGAGCCUUUGGCGGACUGCUAGCCUCCGCGAUUGGCAAGAUGGACGGGAUGCGAGGAUACCGCGGCUGGAGAUGGAUUUUCAUUCUCGAAGGCUUGUUGACCGUUCUGGUUUCCUUCGCUUUCUUCUUCUUGCUUCCAAAUUUCCCAGAGGAGGUCAAGUGGCUCUCCGAGCCUGAACGUGCUUUUGUCAAAGCCAGGCUCCAAAUCGACCAAGGUCGCUCCGCGCGCGAACGACCCAUCAAAGCCAAGGACGUUGCAAAUAUCUUCAAGGACCCCAAGAUUCUUAUUGGCGGACUCAUGUACUUUGGAUUGAUUGUGCCCGCCUACGGAUACGCUUACUUCUCCCCUACCAUCAUCCAGGAUUACGGCUACUCACCCAUACAAACACAACUACAUAGUGUACCUCCAUGGGCAGCCGCUUUCGGUUUCUCCAUGCUUGUUGCGUGGUUCUCGGAUAGGCUCAAGCACCGCUUCAUGUUCGCCAUGUUUCCAAUUGCAGUCUGCAUCACCGGAUUCGCUAUCCUCAUUUCCGUACAUGACAAUCGCGAUCUGCAGUACGCAGCGCUCUUCCUGGUAGCAAUGGGAGCCUACACCGCUAUGCCAGUCAUCGUAUGUUGGUUCAAUAUGAACUUGGGUGGCCACCACCGUCGAGCUGUGGGAAGUGCAUGGCAAGUCGGUUUCGGUAACAUUGGCGGUAUCAUCGCCGUCUACUCUUUCUUGAAGAAAGACGCGCCAAAAUACACGCGAGGAUACUCAAUCGCCAUCGGCUUUGUAUGCCUCAGUGCACUGAGUUGCUGCGCAUACUUCGUCAUGUGUAGUUGGGCAAACCGGAAGAGAAACAAGAGUGUCAGGGAUGUUGGUUUGACAGAGUAUGAGAAGACUGAAAUGGGUGAUUUGAAUCCGGAAUAUCGCUAUCUUUUGUAG